UGUUUCAAGUUUUUGGCUUUCGAUAUCAUACUCUCAACAUCCGCUGCAAUACUAUCAUGGCCACUGCAGGACCGUCGACUCGACCCAUUCAGCCUUUUUACUGCGGUGUGUGUAGCUUACCGACAGAGUACUGUGAAUUUGGCGUCUCAGUAUCGAAAUGCAAGGCCUGGCUGGAGGAGAAAGACAAGGCGGAAUUCGACAGGUUAUGGGGUGAAGGGUCUCUGAGCGCCAGAAUGGGUACUCUGUCUGUCGAGAAGCAAGAGAAGAUCGAGGCAGAUGCUCUCAAAGCUGAGAAGAAGGCGGAAAAGAAGGCAGAAGCAGAGGCAAAGAAGAAGGAGGCUGCAAAGAUCAUCAUCAAGCGAUCGGAACGUACGAAACGGAAACACGCUACGCAUAUUCAGGGUCUCGAGCUGUUCGGUGUCGAUCUAAAGAAAGCAGCCAAAAUGAUGGCUUCAAAGUUCGCAACUGGGGCCAGUGUCAGUAAGACUGCAACGGGUGAUGAUGAAAUCGUGGUCCAGGGUGAUGUUGGAGACGAUGUGGUGGACAUGCUGAGGAAUCAGGUCAAAGAGCUCAAGGGUGCGCCUGCUGAUCAAGUAGUCAGGGUUGACGAGAAGCGCAAGAGAGCAGAAGAAUAGUCAGCCAUGACUCAUAAUCUGUCGUCCAGUCUACAACAAGU